AUGCGGUGGCCACAGGAGAAGUGGAUGCAGACUAAUGCCCAAGUGUUCGCAGCUGCACAAGUCUUAGAUGUACGGGCGAGACUAGCGGCUGAUCGACUCCUCUAUGCUCAGAGGGUGUUUGCGGUUGGCCCCUUUUUCCUGCAGAAUGUUAUCCACAUCGAAGCAGCCGCUGUCAAAGAUUCAUGGCUGGCAGGGUUGAAAGCAGAUCUUGCUUGGAUGGAUGCAGUCACUCCCAAUACCUUGCCAAAGGAGUGGAAAGAGGACAUGACGUCCUUGAUUGAGCAAUGGCAGAAUGCUCGAUCUAAAUGGAAAGUGCAGGUUAAAGCUGUGGCACGCAAGCAUCAAUUUCAAGAGAAAAUGAUGGCAGACAUAGUCUCACUGCAUAAAUCGGUAUUCGAUGUGCUGCGCAACUCCGGUGCAUCUUUUCAGAAGGAUCCCUUUGCUGUUUCUAUUGAGGAUGGAGACCAGCAGUGCUUUUGUGGGGCUUCCUUCACUACGCACAGAGGUCUCCUUGCUCAUCAAAGACGCAAACACAUGAUUUUCUCAGCCGAGCAUCGAUUUCUACAGGAAGCAACCUGCAUGCAUUGUGGUAAAUACUGCUGGACGACACAGCGUCUGCAGCAGCAUCUUGCGUUCAUUCCCAAGAAGUUAGGUUACAAUCCGUGUUUCCAUGCCCUUUCUUCGCAGGGAAGAAGCUGUGAUUAUGCCGCAGUCAAGAUGCCGAAGGCAGUUGUCGGAUUAGCAAGGCGUGAAUCCCUACAAACAAGUGGGCCUCAGCUUGAACAGCCGACUUUGAUUGCCAAACAAAGGGCACAAUGGGAGGAAGAGUUAGCUGCAUGCCAUGUUCAAUUGAUCAUCUCUGAUGAACCACCAGAUGCUUCCGAGCGAGGUGCUCAGAUUGGAGAUGCGUUGACGGCAUGUACGCAACAGUGGUUUCAGAUGUAUUAUCCUAGUGGUGCCAAUGAAGCAGAAAAACAGGAAUUGAUUGAUGGAUGGAUCCAAGUCCUUUGCAUCGAUUUUGGAGACAAUAAUGUUGCAUGGGAUAACUGGCUUGCUUUCGUUUUCCUUGCAUGGGGAGACCAUUGGUUACCGGAUAUCAUUGCAAGUUUUUUGGAUGGAGAAGCAGAAGGAGUUGUGGAUGAGCUCUACGCUCAGUUCGCUGCUGAACUGCCUAGGUAUCAAGUCCUCGCUCGUAUUGCUUUCUUAGAACCUUUGCCCCAUCGACCUCUGAAAGCAACAAAUGAAGCAGUCAAACAUCCAAAGAGCACUUCGCAAGUUUAUCAACCUGUGCCACGACGUUUUGGGGAGCAUGAUCAGUGGUUGAGGGAUAUGAGACAGUGCACCUUUGAUUCCAUACCGGAUGCUGCUCGAUGUCCGAGGUACAAGGAUGUUGCUGACCCACCGACGUUUUUAGUGAUUCACUUGUUCAGUGGAAGACGCAGGAAAGAUGAUUUCCAUGAUGCACUAAAGACAAUUGCAGCACAGAGCUGCUGGCAAGUCAUAGUCUUGUCCAUGGACACCGCAGUGUCCCUAGAGUAUGGAAACCUCAUGAUUGGGGCACCCUCGUGGAGUUCCCUGAUUGCACUUUAUAUGGAUGGACGAGUUUCGGCCACAUUGUGUGGUCCACCAUGUGAAACCUUUAGUGAAGCAAGGUUUACUGAAGCACCAGAUGGAGUGUCUCGGUGGCCGCGACCUUUGCGCUCGAUGAGCAGGUUGUUUGGCCUUGAGGACCUCACGAUGAGGGAAUUGAGACAGUGUGCGGUAGGCAGUUCUUUUUUCCUUCAGUGUGUGUGGGUGCUUUGUAUCCACAUUGCCUAUGGUGGCCUCUUCGUUGCGGAACAUCCAGCACUUCCCCAUGACACUGAGAGACCAAGUAUUUGGUCUAGCCCGAUCAUCCAGCUCCUUCUUCAGUUGCCCGAUCUACAUUUGCAUCAUGUAGCGCAAUACCGUUGGGGAGCAGAGGCUGUAAAGCCAACCGGCCUAUUAGUCUGGGCGAUGCCAUUUUUCUGCAAGGACCUUUAUGAGAAGGCUCUGAGCGGCGUGGCCAAGCCGACGACAGUAGCGAUUGGGAAAGAUGUUCAGGGACGUUUUUGUACAGCACGUCAUAAGGAGUAUCCUGGGCCAUUUUGUCAUGCGAUUGCACAUGCCUUUGCUCAACAAUUCACUAGGCUGGUGCGUCGCAAUGAGCUCAGACACCCAUCGCCUGUACAGCCUGAGCAGAAUGAGUGGAUCUCUUCUGCUGCUGCUAUCAGCGAGGUCAUCCGGUGUGAUGCCAACUGGUUACCCGAUUUCCAGGUGGACAACGUUGGCAAUGCCUGGGUGGCAGGCUUCACGGGAAGCUCCCUGGAUGGGCACACCAAUGCGGGCUACAAUGACAUCUUUCUGAUGAAAUUCGAUGCCCAGGGUGUCCACCUGUGGACGCGCCAGCGCGGUGGUUGGGGCAAUGACCAUGCUCGGGCUCUUCAGGCGGACGGG